AUGUAAUAUUUUAAGGAACAAAACGUAAAGAGAGAGCAUCUAAUUUAGGAAUAUUAAUUGAAUAUGUAGGUUUUAAUAAUAAAUAAAAGGCUAGGAUAAUAGAAUAGUUUUGCAUUUUUUCUUUUAAAUUUUAGAGUAUAUCCAGAAAGAAUGGAAUAAAACAUGGUGGUUUAUCUAAUUUUGAGUAGUAAAUUCUAAAUUAUUGUUUUAUACUUACAUCAUUAAGAAUACCAUAAUUAUCUUCUAUUUGUAAGUACAAAAAAGAAAUUAAUAAAGUAAAGAGAAUAGAUAAAGAUUAAAGAUUAUUACAGAUUACAUCAUAUUGAAUCAUUAAUGGAAUUGCAACAAGCUAGUAUGCAAUGUCUAUAGUGA